AUGAACUCCGUCAAGGUGGAAGGGCCAGAAGAAAGCGAAGAGGUGGUUAGAGAUAGUCAAGAAAUGCCACCACCUCCAAAUUCUGAGACGAAAGGAAUUGACGAUCUGGAUUCGAAGAUGGAAUCAUUCUUCUCUUUUUACAAGCAGUAUAGCGGUGAAAGAUGCAGGCUUCCAGACAAGACUAAAUGUCCAUUGAGAGACGAGUAUCGGAAGUUGUUCUGCGCUGCUUCCAUGUGCGAGAAGCUCGGAAUCCUACUAACAUCUCGACUGGACUCUGGAAAGCGGCUUCGUAAUAUGCGUCUCGAGUCUUUGAGUGAGGUCAAAGCGCUUUGUCUCAGGCUUGAAGACUUAGUAGCGUCCGAAAUGAUCACUGAGAAAUAUCUAUCGUUUGACGACGUUGCACAACGCGAUGCACUCGAAAUUAUGGGUAUUCGAUAUGAAGAGCUUUCAGACGACAUUUUUGCGUCCGACGACGCGCUCAUGUCUUUGUUCGAUGCAGGUAAUGACAAAAUCAGAGACGCUGAAGGUGAGCUGGAUGUGUCAAAAUCUUCUUCUGGUUUUGGUGAUGCUGGUGCCAAUUAUGCAGAAAUAUGUAUGCAAAGCAUGCUAACGGAGGUUGGACUCUGUUAUGUGAACAAGGUCGACAAACUUGUCAAGCGCAUGACUAGUGAGGCAGCCGAAUAUCACACUCGCAGU